CCAUUGUUGUUUUAAGACCUUCAACUGCCAGGCAACGUGACGUUGUUUUAAACAUAACGGCGAAUGGGCUCCUUGCUAAUCAACGCAUCGAAGGCACUGGGAUUGACAUUAUAUUGGUUUUACUGGGUUCAUAUAUAUAUAUAUAUAUGAGUGUUUCAGCUGCUUCUCGUUACUGUGAUCCGGUCUAAUACUGCAUCAUACCGGGUUCAUUACCACUGGCUGGUCCGCCCCACCCUGACCGGCUGUACCACCUCUGUGUGCAGAUUCAAAUCUUUGUUGUCGUUGUAUUCACAAUCGUGGUAAUCAUGUGUGUUGUUGGGACAGAGAGAGGAUGAGGAUGGUGUGUGACGAUGAUGAUGAAACACUGAUUUGUCUUCUCCACCGGAGGCUCCACAGUGAAACCACCGGCUAAUCCCAUUUCCCUGGUGCGUAGCCCUGGCUGGGAUCGUGGUGAUCGUUCGCCAAGGCUCAGUGAGUUUGUUGACCUUUUGAGCCUCCACCAGGGAAGCAGCCUGGUUAAACCUGUAUUCGGAUCUGACGAGAGACUUGUUGACUUUGUGUAAGAACAGUCUGAUGAGAUAGUUUUUAUUAGUAGACUCGUAGAUGGCGGUGAUCAGAUGAGGAAGCACGUGUGUUGAGUUGUGCAAGACCGGCCAUGAACUUGACUGAGGAUUGACGUCUUCCUGGUUGGGCGCGAGGCUGCUUCUCUAUCUUUACAAGCAGCAGAGGAUGAACACAGUGUUGUUUGCUGGCUGCCUUGGACUCUGCAGCAUUUUCUGCUCUGCUGGAUUAAAUGUCCUCACUUGACCACCAGCAACGGAAAUGGAGAGUGACUAUAAAACAAAAAAAUCUGCAUUACAGACCUGUGAGUGAGCCAUGCCACUGGUGUCCAACUGUGACUGCCCCCACCUGGACUGUGUGGGGGAAAUCACAAAGGAGGAACUAAUUCAGAAAUCCCAUGGCCAGUGUCAAGACUGUAAAGUUGGAGGACCAAAUUUGUGGGCAUGUUUGGAGAAUGGCUGUGCGUAUGUAGGAUGUGGAGAAUCUCACACUGACCACAGUACGGUCCACUCGCAGGAGACGCGGCACAACCUGACGGUGAACCUGACCACGCUGCGGGUGUGGUGCUACGCCUGCGGCAAGGAGGUUUUCCUGGAGCGUAAACUCGGUCCGCACUCGCCCCGCGCCAACAGCAAACCCCUCCCCCCUCCACAGAGUGCAGGCCAGGAUGGCAGCAGGGCCCCUGGGAGCCCAACCUCUCUGAGGGUGCCCCCUAAUGGAGGCUGUGAGGACCUGGACAUGGAGACUGAGGAGGAGGAGGACCCGCGUGCCAGAGGCCUGACGGGGCUGAAGAACAUCGGCAACACCUGCUACAUGAACGCUGCCCUCCAGGCGCUGUCCAACUGCCCGCCGCUGACGCAGUUCUUUCUUGAAUGUGGUGGCAUGGUGAGGACAGACAAGAAGCCCGCACUCUGCAAAAGUUACCAGAAGCUAGUUUCAGACCUGUGGCACAAGAACAGACCCUCCUACGUCGUCCCAACCAACUUGUUCCAGGGGAUCAAAGCCAUAAAUCCCAUGUUCAGGGGAUAUUCUCAGCAGGACUCCCAGGAGUUUCUGCGCUGCUUGAUGGAUCAACUCCACGAGGAGCUGAAGGAGGUUCUGCCCGAGCCCUACGAUCACUCCAAUGGCAUCACAGUGGACGACAGCCGCGAGGAGGACCGCCACAGCCAAUCAGACAACGACUUCCAGUCAUGUGAGUCCUGCGGCAGCAGCGACCGCGCUGAUAACGAGAUGCAUGUUGGGAAUGUGCACGUGGAAGAGACCAACGAGGCUGAGAUGCUGAUUCCGGAGCAAGAUGAGAUACAGGCCAACAGGGAGUGGCAGAAGGAGAAGAACAUGAUUAAUGAUCUUUACCGUGUCGGGGUUCAUGGUGUCAUGGGUGGAAGCUCUGGAGGGGACAUGGACAAAGACGUUGACACGACCACAGAGAACCCACCUAUCAUCAGCAGCCAGGGAGCCAUCAAGGUUCAGGGCCGAACAUCAGAUUCCUUCCCAGACAUCCAGAUAUCCAACUCCACAAGACCUCAGAGUCCGGUCCCCAUGGAGGGACACAUUCCCAAAAUCUCCUGCAGCCCACCCAAAGCCUCCUCUGGCUGGCCCAGCAUUAACCCUGCACAUAAGAAAGCAGUGACCACAUUCUCUCCACCAAAGAACAAGCGGCAGAAGAAAUACCGCAGUGUCAUCUCCGACGUGUUCGAUGGGACCAUUGUCAGCUCGGUUCAGUGCCUCACCUGCGAUCGGGUGUCUGUGACCCUGGAGAACUUCCAGGAUAUCUCGUUGCCCAUCCCGGGGAAGGAAGACCUGGCCAAGCUCCACUCCUCCACCCACCAGACCUCCAUGGUAAAAGCAGGCUCCUGUGGGGAAGCUUAUGCACCACAGGGCUGGGUCUCUUUCGUCAUGGAAUACAUCAAAAGUUGGUUCUGGGGUCCAGUCGUUACGCUACAGGAUUGUCUUGCAGCUUUCUUCGCCAGAGAUGAACUAAAGGGAGACAACAUGUACAGCUGUGAAAAAUGCAAGAAAUUACGGAACGGAGUCAAAUUUUGUAAAAUGCAAAGUUUGCCAGAGAUCUUGUGUAUCCACUUGAAACGCUUCAGACACGAACUGAUGUUCUCUACCAAGAUCGGCACCCACGUCUCCUUCCCGCUCGAGGGCCUGGAUCUGCAGCCUUUCCUGGCCAAGGACAGCUCCGCCCAGACCACCAACUAUGACCUGCUGUCAGUCAUCUGUCACCACGGCACUGCCAGCAGUGGCCACUACAUAGCCUACUGCAGGAACGAUGCGAACAAUCUGUGGUAUGAAUUUGACGACCAGAGUGUGACCGAGGUGUCAGAGUCCUGUGUCCAGAACGCUGAAGCCUAUGUGCUCUUCUAUAAAAAGAGCAGCGAGGACGCAGUGAAAGAACGUAGGAGGGUGUCGGGUUUGUUCAGCAUGAUGGAGCCCAGCCUUCUGCAGUUCUACAUCUCCCGCCAGUGGCUCAACAAGUUCAAGACCUUCGCUGAGCCGGGGCCUAUUUCCAAUGACGACUUCCUGUGUUCGCAUGGAGGCGUUCCACCCAACAAAGCAACGUUCAUUGAUGACCUGGUGAUUAUGCUGCCGCAGAACGUGUGGGAUCAUCUCUACAGCAGGUACGGGGGAGGACCAGCUGUGAACCACCUGUACGUUUGCCACACGUGCCAGGUUGAGAUAGAAAAAUCUGAGAAACGGCGCAAGUCGGAGCUGGACAUGUUCGUCCGGUUGAACAAGGCGUUCCAGGAGGAGGAGUCUCCAGUGGUCAUAUACUGCAUCAGCAUGCAGUGGUUCCGCGAGUGGGAGGGCUUUGUCAAAGGAAAAGACAAUGAUCCGCCGGGACCCAUCGAUAAUUCCAAGAUAACAGUGAACAAGAACGGCCAUUUAACACUCAAACAAGGAGCGGACUCGGGGCAGAUCUCCGAAGAGACGUGGAACUUCCUCCACUCCAUCUACGGGGGGGGUCCGCUGGUGACGGUGCGGCCGAACGUGCCGCACCACGAAGCCGAGUCGUCGGAGGAGAAGAUCGAGGUGGAGACUCGCUCUGUUUAAAAAAAGAAGAAAAAAAAAAGCACUUAGGAGCAAACAGUGGAAAAACUUUUACGAAAAUUAAAGCCUUUUUAUUUUGCACUUGACUUUUAUUUUCAAAAGCAUUGAAGCAAAGGACCUUAACGGCCACGGGAAAGCCUCUGACACCCGACAUGGAAGAAAAAUUACAUGUCAAAACAAAAAGAAAAAGGUUUGUCAUUUUGUAUAAAUAUGUAUAAAGAGCUGUUUGAUUUCUGUUAGCACUGUAGUAUUCAUGUUGCAGGUUGUUUUCAGAACCAAGCAUUUUAAAGUAUGUGCAGCUAAAAAUUCCACUGAACGCCAUAUGUCCUUUUCUCUUCUUGACCAAAUGAGCACAUAUUGUUUGUCCAAGUGUCUCGAUGAAUCACUAUACAUUGUUGCUGUACAUAUAUCACACAUGUUCCCUGUUGUACAAGAGAAUAUUGUUGAGUGAAUGGCGAGCGGAGCAAAAAAAUGUGACAAUGACCGUGAAGAAAAACCAUGAGGUUAUGAAGGGACUAAAUACUGACUAGUCUCAGGUAUGAAUUUUGUGUUUUUGCACUGUUCUGUAUGCGUUACAAAUUGGCAUGAUCACACAAAUGUCUGGUUUGUAUUUGAAUGUACCAGGACUGAUGGUGUGUCGGUCAGGAUUCAGCACUUGGUUAUUUAUCGGAGAAGGGAGUGAUUUAUUAAGACGUCGAUAGAUUCAUUUUUCUUUUCUUUGUUCUUUUUGUAGAAAAACAAGCGGCAGGCGGUGCGUCUGUAAAGAAUGCAUGCUUUAACACUCGAUCCCAGUUUAACAUCACAUGUAACUGCAUGUACAUGCAAAACGCUGCUCGUGAACCGUGCACGGUACCACCCCCACCAUCCCCCACCUGGCUCUAUCUUCACCGAAUCAGCCAGAGAAAUCACAUAAUCAUCACCACAGGCCACCAUCAGCUCCAUCAGCUCCAUCAGCAGCAGCAAUCUGAUUAGUAAAAGGCAUUAUGUGUGUAUGGGCAUGGCUGUUGCUUCAUGUGUCGGCUGAUGGGGGGUAAACAGAAAGCUGUACUGUAAAGUUUGUGCAUAUAAUGGACGUCACUUGAGAAAGAGCCACCCUGAUUUUUGCUGACACUAUUAAAAACUUAAUGAAAACA